CUGGCGCGUCAGCGCGGCACGGAUCACUCCUCAUACGCACGCACGCUGCUGUCAGUGUGAAAGCAGGCGGGCGUCCCGGCGGCUCUUGUUUCUGAUGACUUUCGCACUAUGUUCGUUGAGCGUCUGCUUCUACCCGUCCUCUCUCCCUCCCGCCGGACCGUACGUGUCCGCGGUGUGAGAUCAGCUCGGCGGAUCGCUGCAGGCGGGGAAGACGCUCCACUAACCUCCAUCCGACGGAGGGUCCUCUGGAUCUGUUUGGAAGGCUGCACUACUAUGACUCUGAGUUCCUGAAGAUUUAACUUGAAAAAUAAUUUGAAACCCACUUGAUUCUUCGAUGGGUUCCCGCAGCCAUGGCUUCUUCCAACACCACCACCAUCGUAGCGCCAUGGUGCCCACCAUGGUGCCGAGGCUACUCCCCGAGAACAGCAGCCUGCUGGGGGGAAUUGCGCAGAUCACCCCCAACCUCUUCCUCAGCAGAGGGAACGUGGCAUCCAACCGCAGCCUGCUGCUUUCUAAAGGCAUCACCUGUGUGGUCAACGCCACCAUCGAGCUCCCCAACUUCAACUGGCCCCACAUGGAGUACGUGAAGGUCCCGCUGGCCGACAUGCCGCACUCCCCCCUCUCCCUGUACUUCGACAGCGUGGCCGACAAGAUCCACAGCGUGGGGCGAAAGCGGGGCGCCGUGCUGGUUCACUGCGCGGCGGGGGUGAGCCGCUCGGCCUCGCUGUGCCUGGCGUACCUCAUGAAGUACCACCGCGUGUCUCUGGCCGAGGCCCACGCCUGGGUCAAGGCCCGGCGCCCCGUCAUCAGGCCCAACGGGGGCUUCUGGCGCCAGCUCAUCGAGUACGAGGAGCUGUUUGGUCGGAACUCUGUUAAGAUGGUGCAGACGCCUUACGGGGUCGUGCCCGAUGUUUACGAGAGGGACCGCAGGAGCCUGGCUCCGUACUGGGGCCUCUAAGAGCCACACUUAAGGGAUCGAGACGGGGGGGGGAAGGAAAAAUGAGCGCUCUCGCCCUCCUGCAAUGCAGCUGCAUGCAUGUUCGGGCAAAGUGAGAAGCAUGCGGGUGUACAUCGGCGUUUGUAAUGAAUUCUGGUGCGUUUGGACAAACGGGGACCAAACGAGGGGUUUUGGUGCCGUUCGUCCAACCAGUUGGCUCCGUUUAGUCCUUGUGCUUGAGCAAAGCAGCUUCAACCCCAGGAUCCUUCGAGCCAAAGGAUCAGUCGGGCCAACAAUGAUUUCGGAUGAGAUUGAGAUCUCUGAUGUUGUUUUGGUGUCUAUAUUACACGUUGAUUGGAGGAAGCGCAUUCGGUGAAGGCUUUGACACUGCCGCUCUGACAGCGAUGUCAAGUCCCUUUUUCCUGGCGUGAUGAUGUCAUGUGGUGGUAUUGUGCCAGUUAUGCAGUCUUCUUUAGUGUGAAGGGCAGCAGCAGUUCUCAAUUCGUGGUACAAUAUAAAUGUGCUGAAGGAAGAAAAAAAACACGCAGACAGUUACUUUAUUGGAAUGUACUGAUAUUGAGGAACAAACGGCAUAUUUCAUGUCAAGGGUUAAAGAUGUAUCCACCGUCUUUGAGUUAGAAAAACGGAGAAAAGCAAAAAGUCAAGAUCUAUGGAAAGCUCCUGUGUAACACAGGGUCGACUGUUUCAUCAUGUGACCACACUAUGUUAUUGAAGUGCUAUUUGAUGCUGUAUUACAAAAAGAUAUAACAAACAAAAAGAUAUAUCGCACCACAAGGGAAUCUGUAGCUGUAGGACAGAUGCUUGUCUUCACCUCAUUUUCUGCUUAUUGUUCAUAGGUUGCAAACGAUUUGUCUUUCUUUGUAAAUCAGCCUAAAGAGCGUUGUGACAGGCUGAACAUCCUACUUCUGGUUGAAAUGUUGAACUUUGCUGCGCAUCCCGUCCCCACACUUAUGAAGUUCAUGGAGGUGAGAAAAAAAGAACCACUGCAGUAUAUCGCAAUUAAGACCAAAGCAUACCAAUAUUAUCACAGUGCAUUAAAGACUUAUUUAUUUUCCUUUUUUUAGUUUUUGGUAUAGUAUAUUUUUCUUCUAAAGGUAUUCUGUCGAGAUUUACGGUAAAUAAACCAUAUCCUUAGGCUCGAAUACAUUUCUUUUCAUUUAUUCAUUCUUUUUUAAUUUAUUUUAUGAUUUUUUUUUUUUUUUUUCAGUUUCACUGAAGAAAAAAAUGCGAUAAAACAUCGUAAAUGACAAAAAAAAAGGCAAUAAAAUGAAAUGGGUAGGGGGUCUGCAAUUGCUCUUUAUAAUACCUGGGAAUCUUGUAGCGUAGGAUCUUCUCCAGACACUGAAAAACUCUGAUUCUUCUCACAUUGACAAAGCCCAGUUUUCACAGUGCAACGGGAGCUGUGGUUUUAGUGGGAUACAGCAGAAAGCGCUAGAAAUAAAGAGAUGCUGUCAGCUCAGGUGCUCUCAAGGCUGCCCGUGAAAUAAAGCACCACUACUGCUCAAAAACUUCCCAGGUUGCAUUUUCUUGAUUGACUAAGGCGUCAGGAAAUGGUGAAAAUGCCGAUCAAACUCAAACCAUCAGCCUAUAGAUGUUGUUGAGGAAAACCUGCUCACCAGUAGGACCACGCGGCUUAACAUAUUUUCAAUGAGGGCCACCGUCCUCUGAUUUCCAAGCACUGACUCACAUUGAGCUAUCAACUUCAAUUUGAUCUCAUCUGCUUAACACAAUUUGGCACUUCUGACCCGCCGUACAUGGGUUCUUCCAUCGUGCCCCCAGCGUGGUCCGCAGGCCACUUACGUGCAUCUAAUGAAGGGAGGUGAAGUGGUCGCAGUCUGAGAGAGAUUACGGAUUCCAGAGAUACAUCAUGUUCAAAGUUGUUCACAAUAAUCUGUAUAUUUACCGAUCUUAACUCGUUGUUCCAGCAGCAUAUGCGUCAGAUUACUUCUACGAUUUUGCAUAUGCUGCAGCUGAGGUCGCGUCCUUCUCGUGGGCAGUGAAUGAAUCGCGCUUUUCUUUGUGUUGUUAUUUACCUUCUUGACUGUCACCCUGCUGCAGAAUAACAUAUUGUCGUCUUUAACAGACGUUGACACUUUUUAUUUUUUCCCCAACAAUGCCAUAAUACAUUAAAUGUGAUAUUACAAUAACAUCAGGUGUCAAUUGUUAAUAGGAAGGAGAUAUUCUGUAAUCUGACGUCUAGUCCUUUGAUUCCCCGAGACCGGCAUAUUAAAGUGGUGUUAAAAAAAGUUGUCAUGUCACUGUUUUUUUGUGCAAAUUUGAUUCAAUUUUCAGCAUUUACAGGAAUAACUGCCCACCUUUUUCUUCUAAAGACAACAUGUCUGAGAUGUUGUUGCUUGAUCAGAAUGCAGCGUUUCUUCUGCUGACGCCUCCUGAUCUCAGUUACGCCGGCACGUUUUUCCUCGGGAGACAUUUUCAGACGUCAAGCGCUGCAAUCCAUCACGUCAUUUUGCUGUGGCUACAGAGCGGCAGGCAGAUUAUUGAUGAGCGCCAUGUGCCUGGUGCUCACUCCCCUCUGGAGUGGUCUCCACGAUAAACACCAUUACCCAGAGGGACAUCGGAUGACUGGCGACCACGACGGUGAUGCACAGGGGAUGUGCUCACAUUACACUGCGCUCCAUUACCUCACAGCAGAAAGAAAUCCUUUUCUCUUUCUCUUCAUUCUCACAUUUUAGAGACACAACCCCCAAAUAUUUGGCACAUGCUGCCAAAUAUUGGGUAAAUGAUUUUUUUAUAUAUAUAUAUAUAUAUUGUUGAAUGUAGUAUUUCCCUCUCCUGUGAUAGUAUUCGGAAGUACGGAGGGUUGUGAAAGUGUUGAGGAAGACAAAAUGUAUUAAAAAAAAUACAGCUCAACAAUUAUAUUGAUACAUUUUAUGCGGAAAAAAGGGAAUAUUUCAGUUCAUAUUUCUGCACCACUCCAGUUUUGCAUAUUUGACUGAGCAGGGGUUUUUUCAACCACUCAAACAAAAUAUGAACAUCUGCUAUGUUCAAUGAAUUACAGAAUCACGGCUACUCUAAGCUUCAUAUUAUCCUUUAAUAAUUUAUUAUUAUCACUAUGAGUCACUGCACUACUCCCAUACGUGUAAACACUACAUUUCCAUUUUAACAAGGCCGUACGCACAACGCCAGUUAUUAACAUGCUGCUUUCCCUGCUGUUAUGAUUUGACAACCUGAUUUAGCCACAUAUGCUGCUGGAUGUAAUUCAAAGUAUGUAUUUAUUAGUUGCAAAAAGUAGCCACAUCAAAAAUGUGGAUUAUUUUGCUGCCAACAAUCUUAGACCUAAAUAAAUGUGAGUACAGUUUUUUUAAA